AUGACACCAGACGCCGGCGCUACCAACACCUACAGCACCACCGCCGAAAUCCGCCACGCAAUCCGUCCAUGGUUCGACGACUUCCUCACCUCCUUCACCCUCCCUCUCUCCUUCCCAGAACUCUCCCUCCGAUUCCAGAAAAACCUCUACACCUUCCGCGGCAACUACGCCAUCAUCUCCCUACUCAUCUUCAUCUUAACCCUAAUUCUCCGCCCAAUCGCCGCAAUCGUGUUCUUGUUCAUCAUCGUCGGUUGGAUCUACCUGUUCUUCGCCAGAGACGAACCGUUAAUCGUUUUCGAUUUCGAAUUCGGCGAUCGUUUGGUUCUGAUUUCGUUGAUCGUGAUUACGAUCGUGGCCGUUGCUGUUGCCGGAGUUUGGUGGAACAUAUUUCUCUCGAUUGUGAUCGCGGGUCUUCUGGUGAGCUUACACGCGAUAUUGAGGACUCCUGAUGAUACUGAAUCGCCUUACGGAGCUUUGCUUUCGGGUGUUGAUGAAGAUGGUGCUUCACGAGGAGCUUACAUGCAGGUUUGA